UUCGCCACGAGUGUGCUCAUUGGAUUGGCAGGGAGGGAUAACAUAAUCCAAAACACAGAAAAAAAUGAUUAAAAUAAAUAAAAUUCUACAGAUGUGAUAGGAAGAGUGGUGAGAAAGAGGGGCUGAGUGACACCAAACAAUGCCGAUGCCGAGCAACAGAGCCAGGAUAGACCACGGGAGGAUGCACAAGGUACAGCAGAUCUUAUCGGAAUUUCAUCUCCGGAAAGAAGAGCUCCUUGAAGUGAAACGGCGAAUACAGCAGGAGAUGGAGAAAGGCCUCAGGCUGGAAACCCAUAAAACAGCCAGUGUGAAGAUGCUACCCACUUAUGUACGUUCAACUCCAGAUGGCUCAGAGGUGGGUGAUUUCCUGGCAUUGGACCUGGGAGGCACAAAUUUCCGUGUGAUGUUGGUGAAAGUAGGUGAAGAUGAAAAUAAAAGUUGGAAAAUUGCUACCAGCAACCAAAUGUAUUCCAUUCCCACUGAUGUCAUGACUGGCACAGCUGAAAUGCUCUUUGAUUACAUUGCUGAGUGUAUUUCCAAAUUCCUGGAUCAAUACAACAUGAAAGACAAGAAGCUGCCUCUGGGAUUUACGUUUUCAUUCCCUGUCCGACAUGAGGAUAUUGACAAGGGGAUCCUUCUGAAUUGGACAAAAGGGUUUAAAGCAUCCGGAGCUGAGGGGAACAAUGUGGUAGGACUGCUUCGUGAUGCGAUUGAAAGGAGAGGGGAUUUUGAAAUGGAUGUGGUUGCCAUGGUGAAUGACACUGUUGCAACAAUGAUUUCUUGUUACUACGAAGACCACAGCUGUGAAGUUGGAAUGAUAGUAGGCACUGGCUGUAAUGCUUGCUACAUGGAGGAAAUGAAAAAUGUAGAGUUAGUGGAAGGAGAAGAAGGAAGAAUGUGCGUGAAUACGGAGUGGGGUGGGUUUGGAGACACGGGUGAGCUUGAGGAGUUCCGCCUGGAAUAUGAUUGUAUUGUUGAUGAGACAUCUAUCAAUCCAGGAUAUCAGCUAUAUGAGAAGAUUGUUGGUGGGAAAUAUAUGGGCGAGCUUACACGACUUGUGCUACUGAAACUGGUAAAUCAAAACCUGCUCUUCAAUGGAGAGGCAUCUGAGCAGCUGAAAACACGAGGGAGCUUUGAAACAAGAUUCCUCUCACAAAUAGAAAGUGAUACAGGUGACCAGAAGCAAAUCUAUAAUGUUCUGACUACACUAGGUGUGAUGCCAUCCAAAGUGGACUGUGAUAUUGUCCAUUUGGCAUGCAAGAGUGUGUCAACACGGGCAGCACACAUUUGUGCAGCUGGAUUGGCGGGUGUUAUAAAUCGGAUGUGGGAGAACAAGAGCAGAGGAACGAUGAAGAUCGCGGUUGGAAUUGAUGGAUCAGUUUACAAGUUACAUCCCCACUUCAAACACAGGUUUCAUGCGAUGGUUAGAGAACUUGCACCCUCCUGUGACGUCACUUUCCUUCAGUCCAAUGAAGGCAGCAGUCGAGGGGCAGCAUUAAUCUCUGCAGUGGCAUGCAAGAUGGCCAGCUGAUUGAACAGUAACUUGAUUGACUAGUGACUGAAUCCUUUCUGCUAUAUCUGCAGUAUUUUUUGGUUUGAAUAUAGUGAAUUCCUUGUGAAUGGAAAGACUGGUAAACAUACCUCAGUCAAUCUAUUUGAAGCUCAGAACUUCAUGUCUAGUGAAAAGCUGUAAGUCAAAGGUGGAACUUUUAAACACUUGUUUUAAAACAAUCUGUUUUAAAAGUUACUAACCUCUCCCUUUCAGAUCUUUUUCACCAGCCUCUGGACAAGGGUUAGUGUUCUUAACAAUACCUAUCACCCCCACCAGAUAUCCUAGUCCAUAGCAAUGUUCUGAUGAACUUGAAACGAAGAUAUAAUGCAGGAUUGUAGUAGGGAUUGAAGGAUUCAGUCCAGAUGAAGGGUCUCGACCCAAAAUGUCGACUGUCCAUUUCCCUCCAUAGAUGAUGCCUCACCUGCUGAGUUCCUCCAGCUUUUUGUGUGUGGCUCCGGAUUCCAGCAUCUGCAGUCUCUUGUGUCUCCAAGGAUUACAGUAACAUUGAUUAUCCCUUAUAUUCUGUUUGCUUUAUCUCUAAACUAUGGGGCAGUGCCAGAGAAGAAAUUUGAGUGUUAAUUGAAACCAACUGGAAUUCAAUUCUUUUAACUCCUUCUGAUCUUUCUUUUGGUACUUGUGGGAGUUGCAAGCUUGUGCCAAACAGGUAUUCAAGUCUAUGUCAGAUCUUUAUGGAGUGACAUCAUGACAGAGAUUACAGCCCUUCACAAUGUAAUUACUUAAUAAUCAACAUUAUGAAUGGAAUUAUGUACUAAAGUGUUAUGUUUUAUUUGCAUAAGUUACCCGUCAAUUUGUAAAUAUCAUAAAAAGCAAACUCUACAUUGUUCUAUUUAAUAAGAUGUUUUGAAUCAUAGAAUUGUACAGUUUAGAAAAAGGUUGUUUUGGCCCAGCUUCUCCAUGCUGACCAUGAUGUCCUUCUACACUAAUCCCAUUUUCCUGCACUAGGCCCGUGUACCUCUGUGCCUUUCCUAUCAAAGUACCUGUCCAAAUAUUUUUUAAUCGUAUUGUAUCUGCCUCCACCACCUCCUCUAGCAGCUGGCUCCAGAUAACAACCACCCUUUGUGAGAAAAUUUUAAUCCUAAUCUUCAGAUCUGUUUUAAAUUUCUCUGGUUUUACCUUAAACCUGUGACCCUAGUUCUAGACUGCGCUCGCCUGGGGAAAACAUUAUCAUCUAUCCUAUCUAUGCCCUUCAUAAUUUUAUAAACUCCUCAGCCUUCUACAUUCUUGUGUGAAUAACCCCAACCUAUCUAAUCUCUCUUUAUAACUACAGCCCUCCAUUACAGGCAACAUCCUGGUGAAUCUCUUCUGCACUCUCUCUAUUGCUACCACACCCUUCCUGUAGUGAAGUGACCAGAACAGCCUAAGUGUGUCUACCCAAUGCUUUGUACAGCGGCACCAUGACUUCCUUCUUUUCCCAAUCAAAUCUUCAAUAUCCUGUGUUAACUAAGGUUGCCUAAACUUACCAUCUUUCCUCUUUACCCUUUACCGGGAAUGCUGACUCUGAACUCUUACUAGCUCAUUUUAAAAUG